AUGAUUACUGACAUCCAAUAUUUUGAAGAGUUUGUCAGUGUCUCCUUGCCUCUGGAGCAUGGGUGGGAGUUAUGGGGAGAUAUUUUUGAUCAUUUUUCAAUAGUAAUGGGAAUUCCCACAGUGAAGAGAAAAGUAAAGUCAUACCUUGUAGAAACUCUUCAUUCUCUUAUUGAUAAGUUAUCUCCUGAAGAGAUGUUGGACUGUAUUAUAGUAGUUUACAUAGGAGAGACAGAUCUAGAUUAUGUACACAGUGUUGUAGCCAUUCUGGAGAAAGAAUUUUCUACGGAAAUAGAUUCUGGUUUGAUGGAAAUAAUAUCACCUCCUGCAACUUAUUAUCCUGACUUCACACACUUAAAGAAGACAUUUGGAGAUUCAAAAGAAAGAGUAAAGUGGAGGACAAAGCAAAACUUGGAUUAUUGUUUUCUUAUGAUGUAUGCACAGGAAAAAGGCAUUUAUUACAUUCAGCUUGAAGAUGACAUCGUUGUCAAGCAGAAUUACUUCAGUACAAUAAAGAAUUUUGCACUUCAGGUCUCUUCUGAAGACUGGAUGAUUUUGGAGUUUUCCCAGCUUGGAUUCAUUGGCAAAAUGUUUCAAGCUUCAGAUAUCACUUUGAUUGUAGAGUUCAUAUUUAUGUUUUACAAGGAGAAACCUAUUGAUUGGCUCUUAGACCAUAUACUCUGGGUGAAAGUCUGCAAUCCUGAAAAAGAUGCUAAACAUUGUGAUAGGCAGAAAUCAAAUCUACGAAUUCGAUUCAGGCCUUCCCUUUUUCAGCAUGUUGGUUUGCACUCAUCACUAGAAGGAAAAAUUCAGAAACUCACAGAUAAAGAUUUUCUGAAGCCAUUACUUCAUACAAUGCAUGUAAAUCCACCUGCAGAAGUAUCUACUUCUCUGAAGGUCUACCAAGGACACACACUGGAAAAAACUUACAUGGGAGAGGAUUUUUUCUGGGCUGUUACUCCUAUUGCUGGGGACUAUAUAUUAUUUAAAUUUGAUAAACCAGUUGAUGUUGAAAGCUACCUGUUCCAGAGUGGCAAUCCAGAACAUCCAGGAGAUAUACUGAUAAAUACAACCGUGGAAGUUUUGCCUUUUAAGGGUGAAGAGUUGGAAAUAAGCAAAGAAACCAAAGAUAAUCAAUUAGAAGAUGGUUAUAUCAGAAUAGGAAAAUUUGAAGGUGGUGUGGCAGAAGGAAUGGUGGAUCCCAUUCUAAACCCCAUUGCAGCCUUCCGUCUUUCAGUUAUACAAAAUUCUGCUGUUUGGGCUGUUCUUAAUGAGAUUCAUAUUAAGAAGGUUCCAAACUGA